AUGAUGUCGUUGACAUUUCCCGGUGCCGACCUUAGCCAGAGAGGAUUGGGCGUGUCAUCCUGCGGCUGCCCAUGGAAUGGGGGAUCCCUGAAGACUCACCGGAGAGGGAUGCUACUUUACAGACGCGAGAGCGCGGCUCGUUGCCAGGUUUCAUCGGCGUCUGCGCAGAUUCCACCUGGUUGGAAGCUUCUCAACCUUUCUUUUUUCCUUUACAGUUUUCUUACUGAUCAGUUCUCGACAGAAAUUUUGAUAUCGGCAACGCUGAGUUAUCUUCUCUCAUUGUUUAUCUGGAUUCAGUCUUCGAGAUUCCUGGCGCUGAACCUUCAAGUACUGCCCCGGUUUCGGUGUCCUCUUUGCUUGAUGUUGUCGGUGACGACCUAAAAGUGCUGAACAAGAAUCUCCAAUCAGUGGGUAUCAUUUUGCUCAAACUUCUUUCACUGUUUCUUCACAUUUUCAAAAUUACUUCUGUCUAUCUCCGGUUGAAAACGUUCAAUGGGUUGUUUUUGUCCGUAAAUAGCUCAACGUCGCUAUUCUCUCUACCUUUCGUCACAUCAUUGUCGUGAAAUGUCUAACUAGGCUGUCGACUUAGAUUUCUUCCUUCGUUAUUUUAUCCCGGCUAUUUACGUUGUUCCUUUACAGUUUCCUUCAUUAAUUGCAAGUCCAUGAUCUAGACAUGAAAAAUGUGUGAUCAUGCGUCAGAGAGUAUCACGCCCGCUAUCAAGUGCCUCUUAUUUUUCUAGAAUACUUCAACCAUUGAUCUAGAGCAUGUAGCCAGUUUUUCUUGUUUAGAGAGUCAAGAAAGCUGUCUUCUUCAUCCGCUCUUUCCUCAUGCUUGUAAUUGGACUGAUUUUUUUAUUUAACCAAAGCCUAUCAUCAAAUAUGCGCCGAUUUGUUAUUUAAUAUAUAUCCGAAGUGUUCUGGAUUUGUUUACCAAGCCGCCUCGUUUCCUUGUAGAUAUUUUUAGUAUUCGUAUACAAAAUGUGAGGGAUCCAUAAUAAAUAGUAGCCUAUACUGAAGGUGGUGAUGGUGCACUUCCUGUCUAUUCUUUAAUUUGAACAAGCUUUCAUACCGUGGCAGUUUUUGCGGCUUGUGUACUUGUACAUCUACCCAUAUCUGACAAACACUUCAAUAGAUUGUUGGUGCAGAAAAUCCUCUUCUAUUAGCUGCAGCAGAGCAGAUAUUUAGCGCUGGUGGGAAGAGAAUGAGACCAGCUUUGGUAUUUUUGGUUUCUAGAGCUACGGCACAUCUAACAGGCUUAACGUAAGUGCUUUGCUUCUUCUGUUGAUGCAUUGGAAGGAUCUAUGAAAGGUUGGCUAAUUUUUCGAAAUACAGGGACCUGACUACACAACAUCGACGCUUAGCAGAGAUAGUUGAGAUGAUUCAUACAGCAAGUUUGAUACAUGAUGAUGUGUUGGAUGAUAGUGGAAUGCGAAGAGGUAAGCUUAUACUCCUGAACACGAGGGAACUAGUCGGCAUGUACUGUUUUCUCUUUCUUUCCUUUUACUCUUCAAUGUGCCUCGAAAGCUUUGGUUCAGAAUGGGAUGUGAAGUAUAAUUGAGGAAAGUGCUGAUGUGAAGGGUUCAUCUGUUACACUUGCUACAUGGAACAAGCUAAAACUGUGUCAAAGAAAGAAGAGUAUACAUUGACUUAUUCAAAUUAUUUCAAAGUCUUUGUUGACUUAGAACUUUAGAGUUUCUGUUUAUCUCCCUGUAGACAUUAAACUCUAUUUUACAUCUCUUGUUUGCUUAAACCUAGAGUUGUGACAGGUUGUGUAAGGGUUUUUAAGUUUAUUAAUUAUACUUGACAAGUGGUGUGCAUGGAAAUCUUUCUUUCUUAUAUGGUAGAUAAGGAUGUUGGAAACAGUAGAUAUAUGAUGGCCAGGAUACAGAUGUUGAACUGAAGAAAAGAUAAAAGGAAAAUUAACCAAUUUCUUCUAAUACUCAGGGCUUUGCUUUUCUGUUUGGUGCAUAUUUUGGCAUGCUGAUUCUUACUGAUCGAUAGUAAAAUGGAGUGGGGAAUGUAGAAUGUUGUUCUGUGUGCUGUCUGCAGUCGUUGAUGAAAUAUUGCAUUAGGAAAAACUAAUUCCCCAAGUUUCUUAUCACGUUCAACUGAAAAAAAACAUCUAUGAGGGGUAAAUCCUUAUACACCUCGAGUUUUUCAUCAAGGACAUAGAUUAGCCGGACUCUUAUAAUGGUUGUUUAAUUUCUGCUCUAACAUGGUACAGUCUUCAUGGAUACGCCUAAAAUCGCCUGAUUCAACUUUAUUGGAAGAUUAAAUUUUCUGUCGUUGUGUUGACUGUUUGGCAAUGUGGUGUUAAGGCUAUACAUUAAUCGUAUCAACAUAUGGAUGGGAUGGAUAUAUUUAUAAUGAGAUGAUAGAAAUAUGAAUUGUUGGGAUACAAGAAAAUGUAGCUCCCUUUUUCUCCCUUGGAAUGUGUUCUCAGGAGUUUUAUGCUAUAAUUUGAAUGUCUUGUCUCCAUUUCAUUGAUGGCAAGCAGCUUUGAACUUGAUCUACAUGUUUCUGUAGAGAGGAUUCUCUAUUUGGUGGUUUCACAUGAAAUGAAGUUUUUUAUUUGAAAGAUUGAUAUCGCCAAGGGGGCUAGGUCUACUCGAAGCAUUUUUUUAACCUGAGAUUCUACCUGAAUAGACUGAUUUUGUGAAAACCUAAUUCAAAAAUCUUUGGUCUAAGUGAUGUCUCUGACUAUGUUCUUUUUUCAUUCCCCUUCUUAUGAAAAAUAUGCUCUCCCCUUCAAACCGGAUCACCUUGACUGAUUCGACCUAUAAUGCUCAACCCAGAUUGAAAAUUCUUUGUUGUUUUGUUUUUUUUUCGGUUUUUUGGAUUGAACCAUCAUCAUGAGAUUUCUUCUGAAAUAAGUUAUUCAAAUAUUUGCGCUCUCUCCCUCUCUCUCUCUCUCACCCCCUGUUUGUGUCUUGGCCUUUCCUCUGUCAGGAUCUGAAUGGGUCCAUCAAUCUAGAUCUCUGGGAUUCGGGGUUAUAGAGAAUCGUGUGAAUGGUAACCAAGUCCAUUAUGAGUGGCUUUAGGAUGCAUAGAUGAGAAAGCUUUCCAGAUUUGUUUUUAAGUGUCUGGUUAGUUACCAUAGAUAGAAUAUCAAACAACUGGUGAUCAGAUCUGUUGAAACUGGACAUUGAUUUCGUCAACCAAUGGCAACGGUUGGUUUUACCCAUUUAGAAGGAUGUGGGACUCGUUCUCCAGCUUUGUUGGCAACUCAAGGGUUUAGUUGGAGGACCGCAAUCACAUGUGACCUAUGUAUAUAUAUAUAUCGAUAUUAAAAAGGUCUGAUUACUUUGUAUACUGUAUUUUUGGUAUUAAUCAUAUCUUAUCAGUCAAGAUCCGAGGUAAUGGCUAAAAUGCUGAUGAUGUUCUUCCCAGUUACAGUGAGCCUCUGCCGGUGAACACCAAGACGGAUGAGAAAAUAACCAGAAUUUUUUUUUUGCAAAAGAUGUGCCGGAUAUGGAAAAGUUUCCAAUAUUUCAAAUGUUUACUUACAUGGGUUUAGAAGCUGUUAUGCUUCAUCAUUCAUAAAUUUCUUUUUACCAAAAAUAAAAGAAAAAAAUUGAAUUAUUUAUGCUCUUGAACAGGGAAGGAGACCAUCCACCAGAUGUACGGCACGCGAGUCGCCAUCCUGGCCGGUGACUACAUGUUCGCUCAGUCUUCUUGGUACCUUGCAAACCUGGAGAACAUCGAAGUGAUCAAGCUCAUCAGCCAAGUAAGAACAUCAAGAACAGAUUUUUCCUCUUUCAGGCCAAGAUAAAUAAAUAGAUUGAUAAGUCUGGUUUUAGUACCACUUAUAGUAAAGGAAAGUAGAAAUGAAUAGAAAAUAGAUAGAUAGAAAAACCUGGCUCUGAUACCACUUUAUAAGAAAAGAAACUAAAAAGCUUGGGUGGCAUGGCGGAUGACGCAGGUGAUCAAGGAUUUUGCGAGCGGGGAGAUAAAGCAGGCGUCGACGCUGUUCAACUGCGACAUCGCGCUGGAGGACUACCUGAUGAAGAGCUACUACAAGACGGCCUCCCUGAUCGCGGCCAGCGCCAAGUCUGCCGCCAUCUUCAGCGGCACCGGCGGCGAGGUCUGCACGCAGAUGUUCGAGUUCGGUCGCAACCUGGGGCUCUCCUUCCAGAUCGUCGACGACAUCCUCGACUUCACCCGCUCCGCCGAGCAGCUCGGCAAGCCCGCCGGCGCCGAUCUCGCCAAGGGGAACCUCACCGCUCCGGUCAUCUUCGCCCUCGAGAAGGAGCCCCGCUUACGCGCCAUCAUCGACUCCGAGUUCGCCGAUGGCGGCUCACUCGAGGCCGCCAUCGACCUCGUCUACUCAUCGGGCGGGAUCGACCGUGCGCUAGACCUUGCCAGGGAGAAGGCUCUCCUUGCCAUCCACAGCCUCCGCUGCCUCCCCCCCACCGAAUUCCGAGCCUCCCUCGAGGACCUCGUCCGCUCCGUCCUCGACCAGACCCAGUAA